AUCUUGUUGAAAGAAGGUCAAAAAUAAAUGGAUUUGUGUAGUGCUUAAUUAGCUUUGCUUUGUUUACUAAGAAAGCCCUGGCCGGAAUGUGACACCUCUGAAAAAGGGGAGGAUCUGAGCAAUGAUUAUGUUUAUAGGAAAGGGGCGAAAUUAGUGACAGAGCCAGAGGGUUGGCAAUACGUUGUGUGUCAGUUCGAGAAACAAGGGGAGAAUUUGACAGAGUUUGAAAGAAGCUUCAAUGGCUGAACAAGAUUCAGAUUCUCAAAAGAAGCUAGCCGAGGACUUAUACGAGGCUGUAGUCAAUGAUGACGUCACCAAAGUUAGGUCCCUGUUGGGACAGGGGGCAGACCCCAACCACCAGCUCUACUGGAGUGACGAGUGGGGGGUUAAGGUGCCUCCAUUACACAGUGCUUGCUGGUGGGGCUACCUUGAGAUUGUGAAGACACUUGUUACUCAUGGAGCUCGUACUGAUAAAGGUGGUGGGUGGGCUAACAGGACUCCACUUCACUAUGCAUGCGAGGGAGGUCAUAAAGAGGUGGUGCAGUACUUGAAGGAGGUCGGGUGCAGCGCUGAUGUGAGGGACAAGUUGGGCGCAACACCACUGCACUAUGCUUGUGUGGGAGGACGUAUACAACUAGUGAAAUACCUAGUUGAGGAACUAAAGUGUGAUGUUGAUGUGACUGAUGAUGCUGGCGAGACUCCUCUUGACCUGGCAGUACGGUAUGGUCAGAGGGGUCACACUGAAGUUGCUGACUAUCUCAAACCUCUAGUCUCCACUCCUGAACCAGAUACUCCAAAUGGUUCCGAACAACUUUCUGCAAAGGAUGAUCCUAACCUAACCUCAUCAACCCUCAAUGAUGAAUCAUCCAAGUCUGAGCAAGCUCUUAAUGAAGCCAUGAAGGCUGGAUUUGUCCGUGUGAACACUACCAAUAUCUUAUUCUUUGGAAUGGCUGGCACUGGUAAAACCUCCACUAAGCAUCUCCUUCUGGGACUGCCUCCUCCUGUAGAUCGAAAUAGCACUCCAUUAGCUAGCACAGCAGAGAGGAUACGACAAAUUCGUGACACUACAAAACUGAGAACGGAAGCUCAAGAAGAUCCCUCUAGAACAUGGAAACCAGUAUCAAGUGAUGACUUACAACGCAUUGUUGCUGAUGCUAUUAAAUCUCAUGUAACCAGCUCAGAUCCUAACUCUAAAGCAUCUGCUAUCCCACAAGAACUCAGCGUUGCUCUGAAGCAACUUGAACCUAGCAAUGAAUCAAGUACGCCAGUUGAUGCGACUCCUUCGACUUCAAGAGCAACUAAACCGUCAGUAACUGGAGCAAAAUUAACGCAUAGUAAGCUAGAAGGAAAAAAGAGUAAAUUUCUUAGCACUGUUUCGAAUGUAAUGGCUAAUAUUCAGCGAUUUUCUGAUGCUGAUCGUACUGCUGUUCAAGAAAAGUUUGGAUCGCAUUGGAUCUACAUAAUCGAUAGCGGUGGGCAACCACACUUUCAUAAUCUGCUACCACUCUUCAUGCCCAAGAUUUCUGUAGCUUUGUACAUUCUUCGUCUCUCUGACUGCCUGGACGAUCAUCCACUGGUUGAAUACUACAAGGACAAUAAGCCAGUUGGUAAAGGUUUUAAGUCACAUCUCUCAGUUUUGGAUAACUUCAAGUAUCUCGUGCAGUCCAUUCAAUCUCACAGUGAAAACUGCAAGCUGGUAUGCAUUGGUACUCACAAAGACCAUCAAUCCAAAUGCAAGGAAACAUUGUCUGACAAGAAUAAAACUUUAUUGAACUUUGCACAGAAAGACUGCAUUAAGAAGUUGACUAUGUUUUUUAAUUUAGGGAAAAGAGAUGUCAUAUUUCCUGUGGAUUGCAAGCACUGCGAUUCUGACAGUGAGGAAUUGGCGAAGAAAAUUCGUGGAUGUAUUUACAAAGCAUCUCAAGAGCUGAAUAAAUUUGAAAUCCUGGUCCCUUUUUGGUGGUUUAUUUUGGAAAUUAUUGUUGAGAAGGUUUCAAACGAUGAAAAAAGAAAAGUUCUAAGCAAGACCGAAUGUGUAGAAAUUGCAAAAACGCUACAUAAUUUUCACGAAGAUGCACUUUUUGAAGCUUUAAAAUUUUUCCAUGAGCAUCACAUCUUUCACUACUAUCCUGCCAUUCUACCAAAUGUGGUAUUCUGUGAUACUCAAGUGCUUCUCGAUAAAGUAACAGAGCUUGUCGAGUAUGCUGCAUACAUGCGAGGAAGUAAUGGGUUUGGAACCUGGUUAGAUUUUACCGAUAAAGGAAUUAUUACGAUUGAACUUUUAUCUGAUAAAGAUUUUGAAAAGCACUACAUCAAUGGACUCUUUGCGCCCACUCAUCUCAUUGAAAUAUUCAAGCACUUGCUGAUAGCCACCCCAUUUCGUUUAUUCUCACAAGAAGUCGGGAAAGAUAAGCGUUUCUAUAUGCCAUCACUUCUAUCCUUGCUGCCACCAACUCAAGUCAAUGACAAACGAGCUGAUUUGCUUAAGACCGGUUUGAUCCCACUCGUUUUAUACUUCAAAAGUAACUGGCAGUGCUGUGGAGUGUUUUGCUGUCUACAAGUGUACCUGAUUAAAGAAUGUGAAUGGGAAAUUGAAAUGGAGGAUCACCUGCCGAGUAGAAACUUUGUACAAUUGAUUCAUCGAGAGGAAGAUUGUUUUAUCACGCUAAUUGAUGGGUUUUCAUUCCUCGAAAUUCAUUCCAGUAGUAAUCAAAAAGAAAUGUUGUCGUUGAUAUAUGAAAAUAUUCACUCUGGUCUUCGAUCUGCUUACAAAGCUCUGAAAUACAUGUAUGAAGAUCCUGAAAUCGCAUUUCUGUGUCCCCAUAAAUUGCCCUCUACUGAAGCAAGUGCAAGUUCCCAAGUGCCCCACCACCCAGCUGGUGUUCUGGGUAAUGGAGAACGUAUGAGGUGUACUCUAUGCAAGAAGAUGAUGUAUAAGUUAGGAAACGGUCACAAAGAUUGGCUCUCUGUGUGUCCAUCUAUGAGUGUAGCCAGUGAGGCAUCAUCACAACCAUCAGUUCUGAGCAGUGAGACUUCUGUGGAACAUCCUCUAGCCUCAGGUCAGCGCAAAAGAUUAUUGGGAUCAGAUAAAAACAUGUCAAAGCGUCCGAAGACUGAUGUUACUGUACAAGGCAUUGCUGUACAUGAUGAUCAAGAAGACGAUGAUCAAUUAUACACUAAAGACUUGCAAGAAGUUCUUUCUCAAUUAAUGGAAGCCAUUAAUGUUUGGUUUGAGUUGGGUCUCGCUUUAGGGAUCCCAGUUGCCACGCUUGAGAAUAUCAAGUGUCACACAAAUCACAAUAAAGAUGGUUUAAUUAGAAUGCUGACCCAGUGGCUGGAAUCUUCACCUUCUCGUACAUGGAGUGACAUUUGCAAUGGCCUCAGAAGUGGCACUGUCAGACAAGACGUUCUAGCAAAUACAAUCGAGGAGAAAUACGAUGCUCGGCUAUCAGGGAAAAGAAAGAGACAAAGAAACGAUUCGUGUGUUCCCGGACCCCAUGCAGAGGACUUGUCCCGACCACCCCACAUCACUGAUCCUCUAGCCCCAGGACACCGCAAAAGAUUGUUGGGAUCAGGUGAAGAAGGUGAAACUCUGUUAAAGCGUCCAAAGAAGGAUGUCACUGUACAAGGAUCAUCACAAGAGGAGCAUCCUAGCAGAAACCAACGGUCGUCCAUUGUUCUGACUGGAGAUGAUGUUCUAAUAAUUUGUGAUAGUCUGAACAAUGCCAGCAAUGAUUGGUUCAACUUGGGACUGGCUCUUGGAAUGAAGAUUACUGACUUGGAAGACAUUGAAGAUGCAUACCGCCAUAACCAACGCCGCCUACUGAAGAUGGUGGGCAAGCGUCUUCAAGUCAUUGAACCACCGAUGACAUGGGCUUACAUAUGUGAAUGUCUAAGGAGGCCUACUGUUGAGUGUAACGAUGUAGCCGAGGAAAUUGAAGACAAGUAUGUGAAGACAGCAACUGCAGUUGCUCAUAGUGCCACCAAUUGAUCAAGAGAACCUGACAAGAUACUGGAGUUGCUUGAAAGGGACGAAUAAAGAUGUAAAGUAAAGAAGCAUGCAAGAAUGUCAAGUAAAGAACUAACUCUGUGUUGACUAUAAGUACUGACUAUUAUAAUGCUCUGUGUUCUGUGUUUGAUUAUACCACCUUAAUUCUAUUUUUAUUAUCAGAAUUUCAUUUCCAGUUUUCUAGUUUAGUGACCUUUUACCAUUGUUGUUGGGUACGGAUCACUUCAGUUGCAGCUUCUUGUUAACCACAUGGCCUCCUCAUGAUCAGAGCUAGAGCUAGAUGCUAGAGUGAGUGUCUGCAGGCAUGAGCUGGAGGAGCACACAGUCCAGUAUUAGUGGAUAUGGUGGCUAGUCUGCAGAGGGAGCUGGACAAUGCUAGGGUGAGUAGGUUCGCUUAGGAAUAUUAAAUCCUUUCAGAUUGUUGACAUGUUUCAAUCAGCUUAGUAGUGAUUCCCACUCCCUCUAAUCAAGUGUUGACAUUCUGUCAUCUAGGGCCAAGCAAAGUCAAUUUGUAGUUUCUCAGGGUAUUAUUCCUAAAAUAGCAAGCGAUUGAGGCAUUUUGAUAAAUAAUAAUGAUAUUCAUAGCAUUUUAAUUGAAAACUGGCCCCUAACUUCCUCAAUAAGCGGAAGUGCAUAAUUUUUACUAAUUAAUUUUAGUCAUAAUUAUAUUCUUGACCAAAAACCAUACAAAUUUAUCUUUUCUUUUAGUGCCUUUAAUUUGAGGUCACGUGAUAUUUAAGUUUUUUUUUUAUAAA